AUGGGCAGAAAUCUCUCUCUCUUUGAGCGGUACGCCCUCACACGAACACAACUAGGCUUCAGUCCAGUGAUAUCUAUUGUCGUCACCUACCCCAUCGACAAGGUCCCCACGGCGCAGUCUCUUGAAGACCGCCUCGCCCAUCUCCAGACGGUAUGGCCCCACCUUCACGCGCAAAUCGUAGAUGCGGACGCUACUCCCUCAUGGGCAGCGGGUACACCUUGCUCGUUUGUCAGACCUGGUGAAUCACCCUCCAAAGACCUCGAAGGGAUGCUCCGCGAGGAGAACCAAUACAAAGACGGCCCCAUGCUCCAGGUGACGCGCUACACCUCUCACCUCGGCUUCACUAUCCGUCACGAGCUGGCGGAUGGUAUCGGUGCGCUGCGUCUGGUCCACGCCAUCCUAUCCACCGAGACCUUUUCACCGGAAUCCACACCCCCUGCCCUGGAAGACGUCGUCAAUCUCAAGGUCCCCACUCUAUCGCUUCUUGGCAUCCUCUUUGACAAGCUUGUCCUCGGCAAAAUCUGGCCCACACCCGUGUGGCCAGAGACCAAACCCACUGGAUCCAAUCGCCUCUCACUAAUAUCCCUCUCCCCCUCCCUCCUCGAUCGCGUCGAGGCCGCGCGCAAGAUCCACGCUCCCACUACCUCCAUCCAUGCAGUCAUCACCACAGCGUGGACCCUGGCGCUCCAAUCGGUCGUUGGCCCCGCCACUUUCACUGCCGGGACACCUCGGAGCGAGCGCCAGGCCUCCUACUGCCUCGGCAACUAUGUCACAUCCUCUGCCUUCCGCUUCACCCCCCACAUCCUCCAGCAGCCGUUCUGGCAGAUCGCCACCCAAGUCGGUCUCAGCCUCAAAACCGGGACCGACAAGGCCCGCCAGAAUGUUGGCAUGCUGGCGUAUGUGCCUGCGGGGUGGAAGGAGUAUUGGCAAGAGGAAGCUGGCAAGCCGUACGGGGACAGCUGGGAACUGAGCAAUCUCGGCAAGACCACCCCGCUCCAGUGGUUGGCGCAGCCAUGA